CCGAUUGAAGAGUGUCCAUCAUGCAACUCUGCAAGCAGACCUCUUGGCAAGUGCAUGAUGCCAUUGCAGGCGUAAGUUGGCAAUCAGGUUCGACAUUUCCAACUUCCCAGGCAUGUUCCAGGUUCCAACAUUGCCAUUGGUUUUCUCCCACAGCCAUUGGCAUUUUUUGAAUUCUCUACUGAGCACUCACGUCAAGGCGCAAUGGCGCAGAGCCAUUGGCCUUGGGCAGAUCAGACUGUUGAUUGCGAGGUGGCCACCACCACCAGGUAUUGUCUUGAAUGUCAACACACAUCCGGCAGCUUUGGAGAAGCGGAAGCUGACAGUUUCAACAUCAAUGGCAUCAUGUCUUCAGAUAAGCAACACGCUUCAGUUGUAAAGAGGUAGGUUCAUGGCUGCCGCUGAGGCUUCACGAAGUUCUUAUCAAGGAGCUGGGCAAGCGAGGACUUCGUCUGUUGCAUUGGAGAAUGUAGGCUUCGCAAUCUCUCAAAGUACAGCACAACUUUAGAUUGUCGCCAGGUGGUGGGCCAUCACAUCCAGGAGCAACUCUCCCUUCUCACCACCAUGGGUUUCUGUCACAUUAACGACUUCUCCCUCAGCAUUGCCAUCCAUUCGCCCCGCCGCUAUUGGGUCCGCACGGGCAAAGCCAGCUGCACACAGGAUGGCCUCACGGGGGUGCGCCGAACAAAGUGGCUCAUCCCUAUCUGCAUCUGUGGACUCCUGUUCCUGUGCACGGUCCUCGGGGGAAUAAACUUCAGCCGCCAGCCGGCUGUCAGGGCAGCGCCCCAGCUGAGCCCUCUCUUGCGGGAGAGCAGAGUAGGGGCCCUUCUCCCUCCCGCUGUCGGAGGGGCGCAGGCAGCCCCGCCGGCCAUCGCGUACUUAAUCAUGGCCAGCAAGGGCAGCUUGUUGCAGCUACAGCGGCUGCUUCUGGCGGUGUGGCACCCCCACAACGUCUACCUCCUACAUCUGGAUGCGGAGGCGUCAGCGCAUGAGCAUGAAACCUUGGCGGACUUCGUCAAGAACGAGGCCCUGUUCCGGGAGUGUGACAAUGUGCAGAUUGUACCACAGCCCAAUCUGGUGACGUACACGGGACCGACCAUGCUGGCGACCACGCUUCACGGAAUGGCCAUCCUCCUGAAGAUUCGCAAGGAGUGGAAGUGGUUCAUCAACCUGUCCGCCGCAGACUACCCGCUCGCAACCCAGGAUGACAUCCUGUAUGCUCUGUCGCAUGUCGAUGAGAGCCGAAACUUCAUGGCGCUCUGGCCUAGACUCGCCUGGAAAGUUGCGGAACGAACUCAGCGCAUCGUCAUGGAUGCGUCCAUCUUCCACAACGUGAAACAAGACCUGGCCUACAUGCCAGCGCAGAGGACGGACCCAACCUUGUUCAAGCUGGUCACAGGCUCCGCCUGGGUGACCUUGAGCAGGCCGUUCGUUGAGUAUGUGAUCAUGGGCUGGGAGAACCUACCGCGCCUCGCGCUUAUGUACUUCACCAAUACUGUAUCGUCGCCUGAGGGCUACCUGCACACGGUGAUGUGCAACUCUGCGUUCCGCGCCAGCAUUAUCAACACGGAACUGAGACACAUCACGUGGGACACGCCCCCCAAGCAGCACCCGCGCACGCUGGCGCCGAAUGACUUUGACGCCAUGGCCGAAACCGGGGCCAUGUUUGCACGCAAGUUCACGCUAGACGAGAGCCUGCCGCUACUUGACCGCAUUGAUGCGGAGAUCCUAGGACGCUCCGGAGGCGGCUUCCCUCGCGGGGGCUGGUGUCGGCGGACUGACAAGGAGAAGUUUGUGGCGUCGAAGGAUGGACGGCGCAGCAGAGGGGGGGACGAGGAUGCGAGCAGUCGGACGAGGUUCCUGGGAGUAGAUCUCGAGUUGGCAGGGCGGGUAAGAACGGGUGUCGCCCGAAACGAGACGUCUGAACCGCAAGCGUUGGGUGCAGAGCAGGUGGGAACCGGAGAGCACAAUCAGACGGAAGGGCAGGGCGCCAAGCCCAGUGCGAGCCUGACAGGCGAGGCAACUGGGCUGUCGGAGGAGAAGGACACACAGGACGUGCAAGGUGGGGAUAGUGCGGCGGCGGGCGCAAAUGCAGAGGGAGGUGAAGCUAGCGCAGUUGACAACCCGCCAGCCUUCGGGAACGGUCGCCUGACAAGUCAGCGGGGUGAAACGCCUGAGACAGCAGGGAGUCUGGAGGACCAGACGAAAGUAGCGGGGACGGCAACGGAGGACCGGUUGGCCGGCGCAGUUUUAGAUUCGGACCGAUCGGAGAUUGUUGCGGAGGGGGGGCACGAUAAGGCGGCGUCAGCUGGUGGACGGCAGGUGACGGCGGGCGGUGCUGCACCAUUGUUGCAGGGCGGAGAGCCGUUUAGCGAAGCUCAGGAGCUUGAAGCGACCCGGGAGAGGGGACCCGGCGCGCUGACAGAAGACACAAACGGGAGUUUGACCGAGGGGGCCACGUCAAGAAGACGGCUCAGAAGUAUAUCAACCGACCUUGACCCCGCAGGAGCGGGAGACGAGGGCUUGGCGAAGGAUCUAACAUCGGAUUGGAGGGGCUGCGACCCCUUUGACGGAAGCUACUUCCUGCAACCCACGGAGCGUGUCCAUAAGCUGAUCGACCUGAUUGAAGUAGCGUUGAAUAGCAGCGAAGGUGAUCUUUGUUCCGUGUAUCAUGAAAUCGUGCGGAAACCAUCAAAGUAGCCCUUCUUGCGUAGCACUCGGUAGCUCUUAGGUAUAUCACUUGACUAGACUAGGCGCUGCAAUGCUGGCUGUAUAUGACCGGUAGACUAGACUCAUGGUGUUGGAUACCGAGGUUGUACAGGUGAUGCAGACUAGGUUGGGGAACACGAAUAGGGACGUGAACAAGGCAUCAGACAACAAUCCGAAGUCAGAUGUUGAACAAUAGAGUAGUUCAUUUAGUAGCGGGAGAGCCGGGAGAUUAGUCAGACUUGUUUCAUCAGCACGCAAAUGCCUCUAAUUACGAGAGGAACUCUUCAAAGACUUCCAUGAAGGUAUCUUAGCGUCAAUACCCUCAGGUUCGUUGCUGCUCCGGCUCACUCGCAAGAGCUUCUAAUCAUUCAAGCAUGGGGC